GUUGUUUUCUUUAUAUUUACUAUAGUUAUAUUUUUAAUACAAAAUACAUAGGUUAUUUUUUUUAAUCAUUGAUUGCCUAAAAGUGAAAUGGAAACUCCAACUAUUAGCAUAUCACAAAAAAAAUCCACUCUUUCAGCAAAGAAAAGUAAAACCAAACAAACUAUAAAAAAUGUCAUAGGUGCCCCUUACAAAAAUUCAUAUUGGCCUUUAAUAUCACCGGAAGAUCAUGAAAUGUUGAAAAUUGUUCUUCAAAAAAAUCUGCCACAAAUAAACUCUACUAAAGUCAAUAUACCUUGGAAACUAUUAAAGAAUAUUCCCAAACCUGAUAGGAAGAAAUUUAGAAAUGAGUAUGGCAACUCCGACAAACUACAAAUUAAUAAAUUGGAAAGAGAAGGAUUGACGUUUGGUAUAAAUGAUGUAACAAAACUUUUAGAAAAUAAUUUAGUAAGCGUUAUUUUGGUAACUAGCGAUGUUCAACCAAAAUUUAUGGUAAGGCAUGUAUUAGAUACAGCUAUUUUGUACAGAGUGCCAAUUAUUAUCUUCGAUGACUUACGACACUUACUUUUCAAAGUAUGUGGUAUAAGUAGUGUAAUCAUCGGCAUAAGCAAGAAUAUUAAUCCUGAAUCAAAACUUAAUUUAAUAAAAGAAAGUGUAAUACAAAUUUUUGAAAAACUUCCAGAACCAUUGGACCAUAUUAAUUACAAUCGAUCAAUUAAAAAUGUUAGCAAUAUGGAAACUUCUCAACCGAGUACUCAACAAGUUGAAGAUAAAGAUAGUAGUUUAUUGACAAAUUCUGACGAAUUAAUUGAUGGAUCAACAAUAUAUUUAAUAAGAAAAUCUAAGGACAAGAGGGUUUUUAUCCCUGAUAAGUCAGAAUAUGUAAAUAUUCACAAAAUGGAAGUAGAUUCAACAGGAUUUUUACCUUUCUCUGAACCAUCUAGAAUCGAAACUGACAAUAAAUCUAUUAAAACAAAUUAUAAGUCAUUAAUUGUAAAGAGGCUGAAAGGUAAUCCUAACAGAAAUAAGAGAAAAAUUGAAAAUUUGAAAAGAAAGUUAAAAUAACAUCGAGUAUAGUAAUGUAAGUACAACUGAUUAUUGUACUUUAUUUUGCAUAAUAGACCAUAGUAAAUAAAGUUAACAAAAUAUUUUUUA